CUUUAUCGUGACUUUUUUUUCACGGCCAUGGUCUGAGUUGUUGUCGCAUCAUCUUGGCUUCUUCAAUUUCUCGGUCGCCCCAUAUCAUAUAUCAUUUCUAACACAUUUCUGUACCCUUCGGUUCCAACUUCCGGUGUCAAACGGCGAGUACAGACGACUGCCUGCUUGACCCGUGCAGAGUUCUUGAGCAACAAGCUCUCUUCCGGUGACAAUCGGGGUUAUAAGGUUGCUCCGAUCUUCCCGGCCAUCAUGCAACUGACAGAGAACGAGGCAGGGGAGGUGAAGAAAUGGGUGGUGAGAAAGCUGGAAGACAUUUCGGAUGCCGAUUCUGAUGUGCUUGCCGACUAUGUUCUGGCGCUGAUCAGGACCGAUGCUCCCGACGAGGACAUCCGGAAGGCCUCGGUGGAUAACUUGGAGGAUUUCUUGCGUGAACACACUGUAAAAUUUGUUGACGAGCUCUUCACGACGUUUGCUUCUAAACCGCAGCCCGCUGCUGCUGCUGGUGCCGCUGCUGCCCAACCAUCCUCUUAUGCGCAGGGACAGUCGCAGGAUUCCCAGACCGCUGCAGCGACUGGAUCUGCGCCUCAAAACCAGCAACACCAGCAACAGAAUGCCUUUAACCCUUCGACCGGUCCGUCCAAGGGUCCGUACGGAGCACCGCAGAUGGGCAACUUCCCCCAACAACAGGCGCCGGGUGACAACCAGCACAACUUCAACCGCAAGCGCACGUUCCAGGAAGGCUUCCAGAUGGACGUUGACCGCGACGACGUCCCGCAGAAUCGCAACUACAAGACCCCCCGCCGAGGACGUGGUGGCGGUAGAGGGGACUGGAUGGGUGGCAGGGAUGGUCGCGCAGGCCCUGGCGGCCCCGGACCGCAACAAGCGUUCAACCCCCAGGCCGCACCAUUCAUGCCCCCUACGUUUCCGCCGUUCGACCAGAACGAUCCCAUGGCCGCGAUGAUGGCGCUGCAGAGCAUGGGCUUCCCUCAGAUGCCGGGCAUGCCGCCGAUGCCGAUGCCGCCUCCGGGCGCUGGGCAGCAGCCCGGCGAGAUGCCGAAGAGCUCGGAGCGGUGUCCGUUCUAUGAGACGCAGGGGAUCUGCUACCUUGGGAAUACGUGUCCGUACCAGCAUGAUAACAUGGGUGGUGCUUCGAAGGAGGAUGAAUAUGAUCCUAAGUCUUCGAGUAUCGUCACGGACUACCAGCGACGCUCGGAUGGGCCGCCUAUGCGCGGCGGUGAUCGAGGUCGCGGACGUGGCCGUGGCGGCGAUAGAGGCGGGUUCGGCGGCAGAGGACGUCGGUCUGAGUUCUCCUCCGCUGGUCCUAAUGAGGAUACGUCUAUCACGACGAUCGUCGUGGAGCAGAUCCCCGAUGACAAGCUCGACGAGGCGACGGUCCGGGAUUUCUUCUCGCAGUACGGUGAAAUCGUGGACAUCUCGCUGCAGCCUCACCGCCGACUCGCCCUGAUUAACUACGAGAAUCACGCUGCGGCUAAGAGCGCCUGGUCCAGUCCGAAGGUGAUCUUCGAUAACCGCUUCGUCAAGGUCUACUGGCACAAGCCCAAGGGCGAGCGGAACGGGGACUCACGGCCUCACCACCAUCACGCCGCCGGCGGAGGUGACUCGGAGGGUCCGGCUUUCAACCGGGAAGAGUUUGAGAAGCAGCAGGAGGAAGCGCAACGCACCUAUGAGGAGAAACUCAAGAAACGGAAGGAGACCGAAGAGGCCAAGCAGGCUCUGGAACGACAGCGCGACGAACUGCUCAAGAAACAGCAGGAGGAAAGACAACGACUGAUGCAGAGACUCGGCGGCGGCGCUAGCAGCAGCAAUGGCGAUGCCAGUGCCGGUGGGGGUGGUAGUGGUGGUGGUGCUGCCUCGGACGGAGGCGACGGCCGAUCCCCGUCCGCGCAACCGGAACACGUCAGCGAGCAGACCAAACAGCUUCGGGCGCAGCUGGCCGCCCUCGAAGCCGAGGCCAAGAGUUUGGGGAUCGAUCCCAGCGCGUCUGCUGGUCCCGGGGGUUAUCGCGGCCGCGGCCGAGGAGGAUUCGGUCGAGGCGGAUACGCACCCCGUGGUCGAGGCGGUGGCUAUGAUGCGUCGUCGUCGUCGUCGUCGUAUUAUCGGGGCGGCGGAGGCGGGUAUCGUGGCCGUGGCGGGAUGGCUGGUCGUGGUGGUGUUCUCAGGUUGGAUAACCGGCCCAAGCGCGUCGCUGUCUCCGGGGUGGAGUUCAACUCGGAGAAGGAUGAAGCGUUGCGACAGUUCUUGAUUGGCGUCGGCGAAUACUCCUCCAUCGAACCCAACCCCGACCAACCCGACUCCCUGAUCGUGGCCUUCAAGGAACGCUACCAGGCCGAAAAGUUUAUGUUCGGACCCCGCGACAUCCCGUCCGUGGGCCAGGUCGAGCUCGCCUGGGUGCCCAACCCGCCCAUCUCCCUCCCCCAGCAGUCUGCCGCUGGAAGCACCGGAGGCCCAGGCUCCGAUACCAAGACCGGCUCGGACGAGGAUACCUUGAUGGACACCCCGCCUGCGCCUUCGGAGCAGAACUCCGGCCGGAAGGAUGGUGGUGGUGGUGGUGGACAUGAUGUCGAUUACGAUGUUGCGGAGAUGGACGAUAGUUGGGGGGUGGAGUGAGUGGGCACAGUGCUUAGUAGUCGCUUCGAUAUGGUAGUUGUGGGAGACGGGUGGUUAGGUGUUUCUUAGACAGGCGGUGAUGGCUGAUAUAUCCAUCCAUCUCUGGAAUAAGGUGGGUGGUUGGUAUGAGCAAUGUCAGUGCUUGCACUAGAGGAGGGAGAAAGUCAGCCAACCAUAUCAGGAGCUUUCAGGGAAAUACCUAUCUUUGUUUGUUGUGAACAGAUACAAUUUGGGAAGGCAGAGAGAAAAAAAAAAGAACCGUUCAAUUGAACUUAAGAGAGGGAGUAAAAGAACAAGAAGCGUGCGCACCUACCAUGAUUGAUAUUUACAACCUGAGGAGCGGUAACUUCACAUUUGGGAC